UGGAGGGAGAGGCAGAGGGAGAGAGAUGCUACACCUGUGCAUGAUUACCUGAGGAGAAGAGUCAGCAGAUUUGAAAAAACUACAACAAGAAGACUUCAUCAUCAUGGUGGGACAUCUUCACAUCUGAGAGAAUCUCAUUCAGACAGGCAGCUCGUCGUCCCUAAGGCCCAUCCUCCUGUCUAUGCUGGUGCCAUGGCUGACUCAAGCUGGUGGAAGCUGACCUUCUUACGCAAGAAGAAAUCUGAACCUAAGGUUUUGUAUGAAAUCCCAGCAGAGCAUGGAAGCAACAAUGAGAACAAAGACCAAGCAGGCAUCUCUUCAGAGAAUAUGGACAGCCAGUUCAAUGCCAGGCUGGAGAAGAUUGUGGAUAAAUCUGCCACCAAGGGCCGCCACGUGAAAGUAUCCCACUCCGGUCGCUUCAAAGAGAAAAAGAAAGUCCGAUCCACACUGGAGGAGAACCCAAGUCUGUUUGCAGAGCACAACCUUAGUAACGAGAAUCAUAAAAACAAGACGGACAAAUAGCAAAAUACACAUACUUGAUUAUAAAAGUGUCAUAAAUCACUCUGACAUUCACAAAGUCUUUGACGAGGGUUCAAAAAUACACCAGCUUUUGUCAAAAUGUACCACACCCAAGUGGAUACAGUUACUAAAACAUCUGUGGUAUCUCAAAACCAAUCUUACUAUAUUCACAAACCAAAUCAGGGACAGGUUCUGGAAACAUAUUUUUCCCGAUUUUAAAUGUUGAAUUCUGAAACCAAAUGUCCCAAUGUUCUCAAGCAUUUUUGCACUGGUUGUUGUUUUUUCAAAGAAAUUAAUGGCUAAAAUUAAGUAGUUUAAGCUUAACCUCCUUUGCCUUGUGUAACAGUUAUGGAUUUUCAUUAUUUUAAGAAAGACCUUUUAUCAAAACUUAUAGUGAAUUUUGCUUGACUUUUAUGUGAAAACCAUAAAAAAUGUAACAAAAAUCUGAAAUGUUUGAAAAUUUGUAUAUGCUUCUCAGUAGCUGGUAUUAAAUUAUGGUUACUAAAUGUCAAUAACAAUUCCCCAAAACUCCCAGAAAAAAAUAAAGAGAAAACGUUCAUUAUAUUAAAAAUUACUCCAUGAAUGUUUUAUUGCCUUUUGAAGGGCUCUUUAUCAAUUUCUAUUGUGCUGUUUAAUGCUAUGAAUCAAAUACAAGUUUAUAAAUUUUGUAAAUGAACCUUGUAAAGAAUUUAGGGGUUAAUAUUAAAUUAUUAUUUGAAAUAAAUUGUUUCAACAUU